CUUGUCUAUGUCUCUGCUAAAGGGUGCCUGUGGUACCAAUUCAUCUGGGAUUGGCCCAGAGCUCCCCUCUCUGGUCUGCUCUCCUGCCCAGCCUCAGACCCUCUCUGCUGGAUCCCACCCAGGGCAGACUCCCCCUGGUCAGAUCCAUCCUCCACCACCUGUCGCACGCCUCCAACCCCUACAGCAUCGGUCUACUAUCACCCCCCUCGCCCAACCACUACUCACACCACCCCCCCAGAAACUCCUAUACCCAGACCUCACAAGUAUAGAUAUGAAGGCCUCCAUUUUCCUUCCACGUGCACAACAUCCACGCAAUGAACCCAUCACCCCAUCCCUCGGAACCUUCCCCUCGGUUUCCCUCAAUGUUGCAACUGGGGGUGUACCAGUGGGGGUAUUCCAGGAACCAUUCUCUACACUCUUUGCACUCAUGGGAAUUCCCACUUACCACAUGGGAAUGGGCAUACCACCACCACCUCCCAAUGCCCAUCAGACAGACACAACCCCAACACCUCGCCCCUCUGAGGUGAAUCUAAAGGCCCAACAGCCCCGAAUAGAAGCACGACUUGAUCCCCCUACGUCCUCCUCUGAGGUACCCAUGGAGGCCCAACCCCAAAAGGUAGUCCCCUCAUCCCCCCAACCCCCGGACAUGGCCUGCUCAGAGGACCCAAAUUCAGAGACCUCCUCGCCCCUCCCUCCCUGUGAUGGUGGCUCUCUGGAGGUCCCACAGAGGAAGCCAUCUGAAGUGGAUGAAGGAUCUGUUGGGCUAACACUCCCCAAAGACUGCCCAGAUGAAGAGCCAGAUCUUGAGCCCCCGCGGUGCACUUGCCCCUCACGUCUGACAAUGCUGACGACCUUCAUCGCCGCCUUCAUCAUUCUUUUCAUCUUCUUCGCCAUUUUAGUCAAGUUCCUGUGUUUCCCACCCAACCUGACAGACAUGGUGCAGCCAUGUGGCGUUAAAGGGAACUGCAGUGUCCCAAUGCCAGUCCUGCUGCACAAGCAACCCAUCAACCAGACAGGUAACGCCAGUGCAGGUUGCCUAGGUCCAGUUGGUGCUGGUCGGAAAGCUUGGAGGAUUGUCGGGGGGAUGUUAGCAGAAGACAAGUGGGGCUGGCAGAGCAGUUUACACUGGAGAGGGAAACAUGUGUGCGGGGGAGCCAUCGUCACCCCACGUUGGAUUAUUACUGCAGCCCACUGCUUCAUCCAGUACAACAUGUUGCAAGAGUCAGAGUGGCAGGUGGUUGUGGACACGCUCAGUUUGACGGACACAUCAGUGGGCCAACGCUACAGAGCACUGCAGAUCCUCUAUCACCCCAGCUUCUCCGUAAACAACAACGACUAUGACCUGGGGCUACUUCGCACCGUGGCUGACAUAGACAUGGGAGGUGAGAGGAAUUAA